AUGUCUGAUAGGGAAGAGAGGAUUGCUGAAAAUCAAGAACCACCACAAUUUGGAGACUUGAUGCUACGAAAUAUGAAGCAAAUUAAAAGAUAUGUUCCUCAUCUAAAAAGACACGAUGAAGUCAUGCUCAACUUGGAAUCUGCAACCAAAAAGCACAAACAGUUUGAUACAGUGUAUAAAGAAUUUGAGACUCAAAAAGUUUGCUAUCUGCCAUUGAAUGCUUUCCUACUCAAACCUUCCCAGAGACUACUUCAUUAUAAAUUCCUACUUGAAAGAAUACUUAAGUUUUGUCCAAGAGAUAAUCCUGACUUCCAGGACUUACAAGAUUCCCUUCAUGAAUUGGGACAAGCUGUCAGAGACACAGAAGAAAGCAUGAAAAAACUGGAAAACUUCCAGAAGUUAAUUGAACUACARCGUGACUUAAUUGGUGUUGAUAAUCUUGUUCAGCAAGGCAGGGACUUUGUGAGGGAAGGUUGUCUUCAACGGAUAUCAAGAAAGGGWCCUCAACCAAGAAUGUUCUUCCUUUUUUCAGAUCUUUUAUUAUACACCUGUAAAGGAGUGACAGUUACAAAUCAGUUUCGAGUACAAGGACAAAUACCUCUCCAUACUGUCAAGGUAUKCUAAUAUUACAAUUAAAAUAAUGAAAG